UACAUUUCAAUGAUGACAGUUUACUAUUUAUAUCAUUAUACAAUCGUCUCUAGUUAUUAUUAGUCAUUAUAACCAACCGCGUCUUGCGGAUGAAUCUUUUCAGCUUUUUUAUUUUAUUAAAAUAUAGGAUUCUAGCUUGCGACUGGAAAGCACUGACGAUACUGAAGGGGAUAAACUCUGCAAAUUCCCAGUUUUUCUGCUUGUGGUGUUACUGUCAGAAGUCACAGAUCUGUGAUUUUAGCAUUCCAUCAUGGGAUAUCAAGCGAUCAUCAAAAGACCAGGCACAUGAAUUAAGAAAUGGAAGUAGAAGAGGAUACAUCAAAUCUGAUCUUUUGCCAUUCAUUGAUUACAAGAAUAUUGUUCCGGACGACUUGCAUCUCCGCAUAAGAAUAUCUCUCAAGUUGUUUAAUCAAAUUGUGACAUGGGCAAUAGAUCAGAAAAAUGAAGAGCGACUGGAAGUGGAAAUGAAGAGAAUCGGUGUGUCAUUCCAUUUCUGGGAGGAGCAGGGGGACGACAAAAGUAAUGCCUCUGUCAAGAAAUGGUCACAACCAUCAGGCGAUGAUUUGAAGUUCAUAAUUACAAAAACCCAGCUUCGAAAUAUAAUAGAUGACCGGCAAGAUAGACACUUAGUAAAUGUAGCGAGUCUAAGUGUCGUUCAGUUGCGAGAUGAGCUUCGCAACAUGGGACUUGACUGCAAGGGGAAAAAGGCAGAGCUUGUUUCAAGACUGGAGCAGACUUUAGGCAGAGGAGUGAAGGUCCGUGCAAAAGCAAGAAGCCGCCUUCAAGUUAACUUUCAAUUUCAUGACUGCGAUGAUGAUAAGGACAACCGUCCAACUCUGGAUGUGGAUGGUCUUCAGGAGCUAUGGAUCGAGUUCGACGAUCUGAUGGAAGCGCUCAGGGCUUUACCCCAGACUGAAAAAUAUAUGGAGUCUAAUGAGUUUCACUUAAAGGCGAAGGCCUGGGCAAGCAAAUUCAGGAAGCUCACCUUUGACGAAGAUGUAACGCCCUACAUACACACGAUGGUAUACCAUGUGCCCUACUUUUUGAAGAGAUUCGGAUUUAUUCAUGACAUAGGAGUCUCCCAGGUUGAAAGGAAGAAUUACGAUCAUAGACAGGCCUAUUUUGGUAGCACCAACAGAAGCGGGGGAAAAGUUAAGAAGAAGGUGUCCUUACAAAUCUUGCAGAGAGAAAAUCGAAUGCUGUACAUAGCACGAGAGAAACUGUUGAGAGAGAAACGAUCAUAUAAAAAAGUCAGUCACGUGAUACCAUACAGUCAAUGGAUUGACAGGAUAUCUAAUUGA